AUGGGCAGCAUAAAGGUAAUUGCUUCAGGGCAUGACGGAACACCAGGGAUUGCCGGGACCGCCAGUCUGGAUGGAAUACCUGGUGCACCUGGUGAACUGUGGGACGAUGGACACGAGCUGGACUACCUGGAGCGUGAUGGAUUCCUGGCUAUCCAGGAGAAAGAGGACCACCUGGUAGGAGCACCAGGAUAUCCGGGCAUGAAGGGAGACGAUGGUUUCCCAGGUCUACCUGGAAUCCCUGGUCUCAAAGGAGAGCGUGGCAUGGACGGAUUACCUGGACUGCCUGGAAUUGACGGUCGACCUGGUCGUGAAGGUCCACCUGGAAUACCUGGGCCUGAAGGCAUUACAUUGGCAAGUCCAAAAGGAGAACCUGGACAGCCAGGUUGGCCUGGAGAAAAAGGAUACGCCUGGAUUACCUGGGAGACUCACGUUCCCUCAUGCCCACAAGGAGCCACACCUUUAUGGACGGGUUAUUCUCUUCUGUAUGUACAAGGAAACGGUAGAUCCAGCGGACAAGACCUUGGUGAGAAUAACUUACCUAUUCGUCGUGUUUACCCAUAUGAAACCUAA